AUGAUUGGGUGUCGGUGCCUGUGGAUUAUCUUUUUGUGUGCAGAUUCUAGAUCGAUGGAAGAGAGAAGAGCCGGAGUCGGAGUCGGAGUAGGCGGCGGCGGCGGCGGUGGUGGUGAAUUAAACGUUGGUAGUUCAUGUAAUUAUUCAUCGAAAACGGGGAAAAGAAAAACCGAUCAGAGGCCUUACAAAGGGAUACGGAUGAGGAAGUGGGGGAAGUGGGUGGCUGAGAUUAGGGAGCCGAAUAAACGUUCGAGGAUUUGGCUCGGGUCGUACUCGACGCCGGUUGCGGCGGCGAGAGCUUACGAUACCGCCGUGUACUACCUCCGUGGCCCCUCCGCGCGGCUCAAUUUCCCGGAAUUGUUGGCUUCCGACGGUGGUCCCGACGAGUUGUCCGCCGCCUCUAUUAGGAAAAAAGCGAUUGAGGUUGGAGCGAGAGUGGAUGCAGAAACGAGUUGUACGUCGUUGCAUACGAGUGGUACGCUUGAGCAUCAUCAUGCAUCCACUAGUGAAUUGAAGGCUUGUUGGUUUCAGGAAAAACCCGAUUUGAAUUUAAAACCCGAACCCGAAGACCCGGAUGGGGAUUAUUGGUAAACACCUAGGGAUUUUAGAGGGGUGAUUUGGUAAUUUUAUCACUAACCCCAGAUAAUUUGGAGAAGUAAUUGUAUUUUAGGUGGCUUUUUAGCUUUUGGUUUGUCUAUUUCUAUGUUGAAAAUGGAUACAACAGAUUUUGGUUAUUUCAGUUUACAAGGAAAAUAAUGUAUAUAUAUAUUGUGUUGUAUUUUCUUUUUAUUUUUAUUUUUCUUUUUCUUUCUUUUAAUUAAUAAAUUCGUGUUUUAAUCUUCAAUUAAAAAUUAAAAACAAUAGAAUAUGCUCAAGAAAUUUUUUUGGAUCUUCUUUGGAGACAUCAAUGUUGUUGGAGAUGAUAUGAAGAUGUAUGGUUUUGGAUAUUGUCACACUAAUGC